AUGGCGUCCGCCUCGACUCUUAAUAUGGCGACGGCGACCCCUACAGAGCCCACACCGGCCGCCCCAACUCCCGUCGUCCGAAAAUUCAAGGCUUCCGAUCUCCCCUUGACGACAGCCACGCGAACAGCAAUUGAAGGUCUUGCGCAUAGUUUCAAGAAGCAGGGAGGCUAUGAUGCGAUCCGCAAGCAAGUCUGGGACAAAUUCGAGGCCAGUGAUUACGAGAACCAAGUAACGAAAUCGAUCCUUGGAGUUGCCGAAAAAGAAUUGGAACGCAAUCCUUCACAACUCCUCACUCUUGAUCGGCGCAAGGCCGCAGCCCUAAUCGAUGGAGCUCUUGACCGAUCCGGCGUCUACCAGCAAGCGGAGGAGGUUAUUGACCAGCUCAUUGAUGUAAAGGCUAUCGAAAAUCACAUUCGCGGGCUGCGCACAGCGGAUAUUGGUGAAGAGGCUGCUCUUGCCGAGCAAGAGAAAGGAUCUAAAACCGAUCAGGACUAUGCUCAGGAGAGCGCAGUUCGUCUACAGGACCGCGAACGCAUCCGACGCAUUCUCCGAGAGAAGGAGGAGCAGAUUGAGGAGGAGAAACGAAAGAUCGAGCGCGAGGAGAGGAAACGCCGUGAACGCGAAGCUGAAAAGGCCGAAGCGAAGCGGCUGGAAGAACGAGACGCAAGAAGACGCGAGCGGGAGGCCAAAGAUGCGGAGCGCGAAGUUCAACGACAAAAGGAACGAGAUGAGCGAAGAGCUGCUAGGGAGAAGGAGCGCGAAGAACGUGAAAAGGAGAGAGAGGCCAGAAUCCGCUCUCGCGACCAACGUCGGGAAAAACGCUCCCGAUCCCGAUCCAGAGAUCGCCGAGAUCGCGAAAGAAACCGUGACCGUAGCCGCAGCAGAAGGCGGGAUAGCCGCGAGCGAAGACGAAGAGACCGUUCACGUGAAGGCAGAGAACGGCACAGACCUGAAGAAGUCAAGAAAAGUCUGUCAAAGGAAGAGCUUGAGAGACUCGAGCGAGACGCGCUGGCAGAUCUUCUGCGUGAGAGCAAGCGAAACGCCGAACCACAGCCAGAGAUGGAGAUUGACGAGGCGCUUGCACCGCCUCCCAAGAAGACUAAGCCAGCAUCUGCCAUACAGCCCAUCCGACGAGACUCGUCCAAGACCAUGCCUGAAGGGAAAAGAGUAAUCCCGACCUCCAAGACCGAAUCCAAAGAAGCAGCCGCUGAUUCGAAGGAGGCAAAGGAGACGAAGGACAUCAAAGAUACCAAGGCAUCAACAAAAGAGACUAAAGACACAAAGGCUUCUAGCGACAAGAAUAUAACCAAGGAGCCACCCAAAGUCUCCAAGACCUCAGCUUCUGGGGAAGAGCGACGUGGUAGUAUCGCCACUUCUAUCCGCGAUGCGCCAGCUUCCCGCGAUACCAGAAACCGUUCUCGUGACCGAGCAAGGGAUGAUGAGCGACGUGAGCGUAAUCAAGAUCAAAUUCGAGACCGAGAUCGUGACCGUGAAGCCGAACGGCCACGCGACCGCGCCCGUGACUCUGAACGAGAUCGGGAGCGAGACCGUGAUCGUAAUCGUGAUCGCUCACGAGAUCGGGACCGGGACAGAGAUCAAGAUCGGACUCGCGAGAGAGAUGGCAGCCAAUCUCGCCAGAGAGACAGAAGGGAAAGGAGUAGGUCCAGACGCAGAGAGCGUAGUCGUACACCUCCGCGGCGGUUUGCUUAUGAAAACAAUUACCGCCCGGGAGAGGCUCGUACUCGAGAACGCAGCCCCUCUCGGCGCCGAGACGAUCGGGAUAGACGACCUCGUAGCCGCUCUCGGGAUAGAAAGGAAAGAAGUCGAAGCCGACGUCGUGAGCGCAGCAGGUCACGUCUUCGCGACGACCGAGAUAGGCGUGACCGAGCGGAUCGUCGGGAGAGGUCGCGCUCCCCGCGCGAGCGAGCUGAGAGGAAGGACAGGAGCCGGUCGCGUCUGCGCAACGAGCAUAGAGACCGGAGCCGAUCUACUCGGAGAGCACGCAGCAAGGAACCCGACAAGGCUAGCGAUCGUGCAGAGAAGACUCGUGAUCGUCGUAGCAGGUCGCGCUCUCGCCCCACUACUGCGUCUAAGCAAGACGUCGUUGAAGUAUGGAAAGUGGGCGAGAUCAAGAAACGUGAGCAGGAAGCCAAGGCCUACUUAGCCGCUCAGCGUGAAGCCCGUCAGAAAGGUCUGCCUAUUCCUGGCCUCGAUGACAGACGUAGUACCAGCGAGCGAUCCCCCGAAGCGAAACGCGCAGGACCCCAAGUAGGCGACGACAUUGAUCGCUACCGUCCCGGAGAAGAUAGACGCAGAGAUCGUGACCAUGACCGCCCAGACGCCGAUCGCGAUCGCGACAGGGACCGAGAUGCAGACCGGGAUCGAGAUCGAGAUCGAGCCCGGGAACGCCGGGCAAGAGAUCACGAUACCAGAGACGACCGCCGCGACAGAGACAAGGACCACGGUCGAGAUGAUAGACGAGAGAGACGGCGCAGCAGGAGCAGGAGCCGGAGUCGGCGCCGUGACCGUGACCGUGACCGAAGCCGAGAGCGAAGCCGAGAGCGCGACCGAGCGGAUCGUGACCGGGACAGAGACAGAGACAGAGACAGAGAUCGAAGAAGCAGACGCGAACGCAGCCCCGACGAUAGGCGUGAUAGAAGGGAGCGUAGUCGCAGUCGACCAAGAAGGCGCAGCCGAAGUCCGCGUUAA